AUGGCUGAAUUGCUCGGAGAGAUAUCCACUGAUGCUGCCAACUUGACAAUUAUGACAACGGGCACUUCGAAAGUGUGCAACUGGCUUUCCAGACAUACCACAGAGAGUUCUAUCGUGCAGACAAGGAAGAACUUGCACGAAGGAAUGGAGAUCCUUUACGAAGCAGCUCCUCAUAUACCCCGCCAAACUAUGAAGGACUUGAUAGAGGAGCAUGACAUAUUGUUGGCCCAAGUAGAUCAAAUCGAGCUGGAUUCCCAAGCUCCCCUGAACGUUCGAAAGCGUUGGACAAAUAUCUUGAGGCCGUUGCACAAUAAUAGCGGGGCACACACUGCGGCCAAGAUGAGUACGAGGUUAGUUUAUAAGAUUCGUCGAUCUUCAGAUAUUGCUAAGAGCAUGCGGCUUUCAGAAGGGGGAGCCCGUAGUCAAAUAGAGACCUUCUCAUCUAACUGGUCAAUCAUUGACAGCCAAUCCACAAUGACAUUUGCUAACUCCGAACAUGGAUUGAAUUCUGCAUCUCACUCCUGCAAAGAAGCCAGUAGUGAUGGAAUGGCCCCCAUCGACGAGGACACAGACAUACUGUAUGACAAUCCGUGGAAUGAAGACGAUGUUGAUGCCCAACAGGGCUAA